CGAGGAGGUGUGGGGUAUGGCUUCAUCGAGUCUUCGGCUUCGUAUCGCUUCUGUUCCAUCGGGGAGAUGAAGAUCUCCGUGGUUUCGCUUCGGCGGGUCGUUCUUGAUUAGGGAUACCGUUUGAGCUCGAUCGCUGUGCGAAUUUGGAUGGCCUCUUGAUGGAAUCGGGGAUUGAUCUCUGCGGUUCCGUUUCGGAGCGGCCGUUCUUGAUUAGGGUUUCGAGCUUGUGGUUCAGUGCGGAUCUUGAUCGUUUCUUGAUGGAGAUCGAGGGGGAGGAAAUCGGGGGUUUUGAUAAUUUUCAGUUGAUUGGUUCGAUGAUUCGGGCUUUUGGUUGGGCGAGGACUGGGUGAUUGAUUGGUUCUCUUAAUUUGAUUUUUUUUUUUAUAGUUGAAUUCACCCAUUAGAGAUCUUCAUUGGCCAGGCAAUUAAACAUUUUUGAUCUGAUGUUUUUGGUUCAAUUGCUUAAACAUUUUCCUUUCAUCAUCCAGUCAAUGGAUGAGAUUGGUAAUUUACACUAUGAUCUGAAUAACCGUGUUCACUUUCUUUAUUAUUUUUUUUAAUUUUAGUAAUAAUCAUAAAUAAGAGAGAUACUAAUUGGAGCUGCGUAUGUGAUUUGAAGGAGGGGGAUCAUCAUGCGCAUUUCCCGGGCACCUGGCGCUUCUCCGCCCUCCUUCAGGCAGGCAUCUGACGAAGCGGACGCACCACCGCCCUUGGUUCCCUCCCAUUUAUUUCAACUUUGCAUCCCCCUCCACCACUCCAAAACCGACACGUUUGGAUCGGCCCUCGAAAGAAGGAAGCGGAAAGCCCCACCCCCCGUCCUCCCCUGCUACCAACCCAUAACAAGAAGCCGGAGCUGAAGAAACCAUCCGACCCCUCCCUAUCGCUCACUCUCUCCUCCUCAUCCACCUCCCUCCCUCUCUCAUGCCACCCUGAGCACCAUUUCCUAACGGUUAAGCUCUCACAUUUCUCUUGCCGCUUGCAUCUGUCCUCUUCACAGGAGACAAAGACGAAGAGGUGCACUUUCAUCUGUUCCCCCCGUUCCCCGACCGUUCAAGCUCUUACCUUUCGCACCCCUUCGACGUCCAACCCUUCUACUUCGAUCUCCGUUUGGUGUUUUACCGUCGCUCUUUCCUUAAUUUCGUUCUCCGCCCGUUGGAGGCCUAAGGUCGAAGUUUGGAGCGCCGGGUCGUGUGAUGGUUCGGUUUCUCAAGCGGGGGCACAGCCUUAACAGGCCGGCGGAGCAAGGCAACGAGAUUGGAGACGCCUCCGGGCGCCAGGCGCACAGCCUGGUCAUGGAGAUCGCAGGUGGGAAUGAUUCGGCAGCUCAGGGAAAUAUUAGCCAGGGAGGGAGACCCGGCCGCUCGCUUGAAGGGCAGCAGAAAAUCCCCAAGUCUCGCCUGAGUAGGGAAGGUGGCUGCCGAGACGGGCCGCCUUCAGAUAUGGAGCUAAUGAAGGAGAAGUUUUCAAAGCUGCUUUUGGGAGAAGAUAUGUCAGGUGGCGGAAAGGGAGUUUCAUCAGCUCUUGCUCUGUCCAAUGCCAUCACCAAUCUUGCCGCUUCUGUAUUUAGCGAGCAGCGGCGUCUGGAACCCAUGCCUGCUGAAAGGAAAGCGAGAUGGAGGAAAGAAAUUGAUUGGCUUUUAUCUGUCACUGAUCAUAUUGUGGAAUUUGUUCCUUCUCAACAGACAUCAAAGGAUGGAUCCAACAUGGAGAUUAUGAUAACUAAGCAACGCAAAGACCUUCUCAUGAACAUCCCUGCACUAGGAAAGCUUGAUGCAAUGCUCAUUGGUUAUCUUGACAACUUCAAAGGCCAGAACGAGUUUUGGUACGUAUCGAAAGAUGCCGAUGAGGCCGAGAAAGCAAACGCAAACGCAAAGAGAAAUGAAGAUAAAUGGUGGCUUCCGAUUGUGAAAGUCCCUUCGAAUGGACUCUCUGAAGUUUCCAGAAAAUGGCUGCAGUUUCAGAAAGAAUCUGUCAACCAAGUUCUCAAGGCAGCAAUGGCUAUAAAUGCUCAGGUUCUAAUGGAAAUGGAAAUCCCUGAGGCUUACAUUGAAUCCCUCCCAAAGAAUGGAAGAGCAAGCCUUGGGGAUUCAAUUUACCGGAGCAUAACCGAUGAUGGCUUCGACCCUGAAGAAUUCCUUGAAUCGAUGGACUUGUCAACGGAGCACAAGGUCCUCGACCUUAAAAACCGAAUCGAGGCAUCCAUUAUCAUUUGGAUACGAAAGAUGCACAACAAGGACACAAAAUCAUCCUGGGGCUCAGCAGUCAGCAUGGAGAAGAGGGAGCAGUUUGAAGAGAGAGCUGAGACCAUCUUACACCUUCUCAAGCUGCGGUUCCCAGGCAUUCCGCAGUCAGCUCUUGACACAAGCAAAAUCCAAUACAGCAAAGAUGUUGGACAAUCUAUUUUGGAAAGCUACUCAAGGAUUUUAGAGAGCUUGGCUUUCACCGUGAUGUCACAGAUCGAAGAUGUACUUUAUGCUGAUUCUCUCACUCAAGAUCCAUCCCUCAAAGAUUCAAGUAGAAGGCAAUUAUUGACAGACUCCGACCUAGGAGCAGUGAAGAAACUGAACCCCGAAGAAGAGAUGGAGAAGUUGAAGGAGGCACCUAGUUCGAUGACACUAUCAGAUUUCAUGGGUUGGCAUUUCGAUCCAGAGUCUGAGACAGAAAUGAAGAAUUCAGGGAGCUUAGAAGAAGACACGUUCAGCUCACAAGACAUGAAGAAGAUGAAGAAGCCUCCUGAUGUUGUUACGACAAAGAAAUUUUCAUAUAUCGAAAAACUCGAGAACUUACGAUGCUUGAGAAGCCCAACGGCUCGUCAUUAAAGACCCUCACCAAGUACAAGAGAGGAUACCGACAUUGGUAGCAACGGAGGCAACUUGGAAUCAAGUGUAAAUAGUUCAAAAGCAUUCUAGAUCCUUGAUAGCUCCAACUGGUGAGUUGAUCUUUC